AUGACCACCCCACCAAACGACUCCUCCAACAACCCUGAAUCUGACCUCCCGUGGCUCCAAAAACCGACAACAAUCACGCCCUCAUCACCGUCCCAAAAACAAAAUCCCCAAGAAGAAGACCUCUCCUUCACAGCAGCCCUAUCAACCAUCACCCCCUCCUCCUUCCUCACCGUCCACCAAACCCCCUGCGCCCGUACCGGCCUCCUAACAGGCAUAGGCCUCGGCUCCGCAGUCGGCAUCCUCCGCUCGAUCCUCGGUCUCCCUAUCCCCCGCGCCGCCAACUGGGCCGUCGGCACAGGCGCCCUGACCGCCAUCCUCCAGUACGAGUACUGCCAGGCUAAGCGAAGGCAGGAGAAGGCCAAAGUGGCCAGAGUGGUAGAGGUAUACGGGCAAAAACAGGCUGAGAUGAGAGCGAAGGAGGAGGAGGAUAGGAGGAGGAAGGCGGAAGAGGAGAAGAGGUUAUUGGAGGAGCAAAAGGGGAAGAGUUGGUGGAGGGUUUGGUAG